AUGUCUUCAGUACGACCCAUGACACCAGCGGACCUGCUGAAGUUCAACCCUUGCAACCUGGACCACCUGACGGAAACCUACAACAUUGGCUUCUACCUCGACUAUUUUUCAAAAUGGCCCGAACUGUGCAUGGUGAUUGAAGGACGUCAUGGCGAGAUUGAAGGGUACAUCCUCGGCAAAGUAGAAGCAUCCCCCUACGCCGCACCACACACGCCCUACAACCCCGCCCACCCAGCCUACACGACCCAAUACCCAAACUACCUCCCCUGGCACGCCCACAUAACCUGCCUAACCGUCUCCCCAUCCUCCCGCCGUCUCGGCCACGCAACCGCCCUAUCCUCCUCCCUCGAAGCCAUCGGAAACCGUGAAAACGCCUGGUUUGUCGACCUCUUCGUGCGAGUGGAAAACACGGCUGCCAUUGAGCUUUACAAGAAAAUGGGGUAUUCGGUAUAUAGAAGGAUUGUGGAUUAUUAUAACGAUGGGAGUGAUGCUUUUGAUAUGAGGAAGCCGUUGUUGAGGGAUGUGGAGGGCAAGACUGUUAGGGAGGGUGGGGAGGAGAUUAGAGUUGAUCCUGGUGAGGUGUGGUGA